GCUGCUGCUGCACCGUCAUCAACCGCAGCACAUCCAUCGCCGCCAACCGCUGUACCUUCACCGUCACCAUCGCCUCAAACUUCGUCACCGCUUUCGUCGCCGGUGGAGUUGUCCAGUUCUUCGCCACUUGACACUUCGACUGCAGCUUCCACAUCCUCUAAAAGGAAACGAAAUUAUAUGGGUGAGGUGGUGCAAUUAGCUAAAGAGCAAAACGAGCUGUUAAAAGUGGUCAUAGACGACGGAAAAGUUUUAACAGCAGAAUGCGUUAAUGCUAUUAAAGAGCAAAGUAGUGCUACAAAAGAAUUUAUUAGUUUAAUGAAAAGCGUUUUGGAAAAAAUGUAACUUUAAGUAGUAUACAUAUGUAUGUUUAAACACUCAUGAACCAAAAAAAAUGGGUGU